AAAGCAGGCAAAGGAUGGACCCAGAUAUCUCCUUACUGUUCAAGUGCCCGGAUUCUGGGGGUAUCCCCGAAUCUCACGUCCGAGCAGAAGUUUCCCCCCUCUACGACCGGAACACUCUGCCUGGGGAUCAGGUCCGAAUCGAUAGCGUCUGGGCAGCCCGUUGCCAGCAGAACCCGUGGCUUUUCGACAGGGCCAAAUUCCGCCUCCACUCCGCCACGCUGAACGACGGGAACCUUUUGACUUUCCACCUGGGGCUCACCAGCUACAAGGACUUCGUGGGCACCAACUUGGCGGAGACGGCCUGGCAGCUGCGGGAACAGGGGCGCAAGGACUUUGGCAACAGCCAAGCCUACCUCGCCGAACCCCUGGGUGUGGGUGCUAUGGUGCACACAGCAGACGACAAUUUUGUCUUCCUGCGGCGCAGCCUGCGUGUGGGGGAAGCCCCCGGGAAGGUCGACGUCCCUGGGGGACACCCGGAACCUCAGGCCGUGCUGGGUGUUGACGCUUCGGUGGGAUCCUUGAUUCGGCAUCAGGAUCUCCCGGGGGAUCUGGUGGUCAGGGAGCUGUUCUCUUCUGUGCUUCGCGAGAUCCAGGAUGAGGUGAACCUUCAGCCAGCUGCUCUCAGCAGGCCCCUUUUGCUUGGCAUCGUUCGGAAUGAAACCACGGCCGGCCGGUGCAGCGCCGAAUUCUACGUCAGGUGCAGCCUGUCGUCAGAGGAAGUGAAGCAGCGUUACACUCUUGGGGGACCAGAAGCUCAAGAAUCCGUCAGCAUCAUCUUCGUCAGCCGAGAGGAUCCGGAUGUCCGCUUAUCCAAAGCGCUCUCCUAUGCUUUGCGCCACGGGGCCGAAAAGAUGGGCCUCCACAUGUCAUCGGACGGCUUUGUCGACGUGGGGGAGAUUCUUCGUCUGCCCCAAUUUAAGGCCUGGUCUCAGGAGGACGUGGAGAGGGUGGUGGAGUCGAAUGAAAAACAGCGAUUCACUCUGUGCCGACAUCCGUCCGGCGGACACCUCCAGAUCCGUGCCAAUCAAGGGCACUCGCUACAGGUUCCCGAGCUGGAAUUAACCGCGCUGCAGACUCUAAAGGAUUUCCCAGAGACCGUGGCUCACGGCACACUUCUGCGCCACUGGCCAGCCAUUCGCCAGCAUGGCCUGUCACGGAUGGGAAGAACGCACAUCCAUUUAGCCCCCGGAUUGCCAGGGGAGGGGGCCGUCCUAAGUGGAAUGAGAGACAGUUCUGAAGUGGCCAUAAUCAUUGAUAUUCCCAAGGCCCUAGCAGAUGGAAUCGCUUUCUUCCGCUCGGCUAACGGAGUCAUCCUGACCCCAGGCAACGCGGACGGGCUGUUACUCCCCUGCUACUUCAGCAGAGCACUGCAGCUUCGACCCCGACGUAAGUCUGAAGCUUCUUCCUGGUCUUGGGCCCAAGUUCAGGGCUCUGAACGUUGAAGACACACUGUUCUGACUUAGGCUUCCCCAGCGGC